AUGACAUACCUGAAAUAUGCGCUUGAGCCAUUACAACCGAAAGAAGAAACGUUACUCGCGAAGAUAAGUAGUCUAAUCGAAGGGACCCCAGAGCAAGCCGAGCAAGGGUUAGACAUCAUGUCGGAGGCUCUUGAGAAUCAAAGUUUUGAAAUUUUCUUAACUAAAGUCAACCCAACUUUAUACACCAAUUUACUCUCCAAACAAAACCCGGAUGUCAUCGACGCGGUGUUAAACUUCCUCAUAUUAGUCUCAGAGACAGAAAUGUUGUCAAAACGCGUUGUAGAGACUAACCACCAAAUCCCCGACUUACUCUUACCACUCCUGGACCAAGAAGACUUUCUAACAGCAACAAUACACGUCAUUGGAGGACUCGUUUCAGCUGCUUCAGGGGAUAGACUGGGAGGCCAGAGAUCACCAAGAAGCCCAAGAACCCCGAGCGAAGGGAAAGCAGACGACGCGCUUGGAAAUUAUGUUGUGUUGUUACCGGGCUUAACUAAACACUUACAAAUGUAUGAUCCCCUCCAAAUAGCGGUAUACCCCAUCAUCUGCAGAUUAUUGGUAUUACCAGGUGCGAGCAGUUUGUUCUUCAGAGAGGGUGGAUCUGAUAAGAUCAAAGAGAUGUUAAAUUGUGGGAAUGAUGCUGUUGGCAUGGCGUGUCACUUGAUAGCUCAUUUGUUAGUUAAUGCCGAUGAGAAGCAACGCGAUACGUUUUGUUUGCUCAUGAUUAAGGCAGAAGUGUUACAAGGACUACUCACUGGAACGACUGGAGAGACGGUCGCGGAGUGUUUAAGGUGUUUAUCGUUGAUGUGCCGAAGUAAGAAUGCGAUUCCUGCGAUUGCGUCAUCUCCUACAAUCAUUCAACUCGUUGAUUGUAUGAAGUAUCCCCCCGUCGAACCCCACACUUUGAAUUCUUUAGAAGAUGCUUUAUCUGUCAUCUCGUGUAUUAUUCAAAUCAAAAGCGCAGUGGUUCGAUUCAGAGAAGUUGGGUUCACUCUUGCACUGACAGAACUCUUUGCAAAUUUCAAUGAGAUGAAUGACAGAAUGCAAGUGUAUCUAAUGAACACAUUGAUGGAAGCAAUUACAGACGAUGGACUCAUGAGUGAACUCUCUGUCUAUAACGUCGAAGAACAACUUAAAAAGGUCCAUGCCACUGGACUGCUGGAAAACACGACGAAUAUAGCAAUUCAACGAACUGAAAAUUAUAAAGCGAAAAAAUCGUUAAUUGGAAGUGUCCAAGCAACGCUCCAAGGAAAUAAUGAAGAGUUGAAAACGAUGGAAAAGGCUAUGGACAUCACUAAAAAGAGACUCACCAGCAAAGAAGAAGAAGACAAUGUUGAACCACAAAAUGAGAGAAUCGAGAAUACAGAAGACAUCAAACGAGACAUCAAUAUGCGUGCAUCACACUCUAUUCGAACACCACGAAAAAUCAAUGGAGAGAGGAAGAAACGAAAUGCUAUGAUCAUGAGAGGGUUCUCUGUUGAGUCGUUAGCCGAGCAUUACGGUGAACCAAUGACUCUACCAAAGCAACCAUCCGUGCCUUUGAUUACCCCACGCAUUCUUCAAGAAGUUCAUAAUGAAGAAAAUAAGAGAAGUAAGUUACAAGAGAACACUAGUAUUGAGACUCAUCCUCAAGAACCACCAAAGGAAGUUAUCAAAGAAAUGGGGACAGAGUUGCCAAAGACUUCAACAAAGAUUAUAGAAAUCCAUCCACCAAAAGAAAAGGACUUGAAAGUCGAACAAAUAGACGAGAAAGAGCCUCCAGAUGCUGCAAAUAUAACAAAAUCAGUGGACUCGAGCGACAGACUCUCUCUUGGCAACAUGAAGAUGCCCUCCGUUGGGGAAGUGAUAUCAGCAAAAGGCAAUCAAGAGCAAGUCGCGUUUGUCUCCCAAGUGAAUGCACAAGCGAAACAGCGGAGUGUAUGUUUAUCUGAUUUCUAUCAAUCACAAAAGGCGUUUAAUAUAGUCUUCACAAAAUUGGUGAAAGAAGUCAUCCCACAAUUGUUCAAGAUAUCUAUGGAGUCCAAGUUGGCAUUUCCAUGUGCUGAUGAGUUACUUCAAUUCCACAUCGGUGUUGAAAAUGCGUUGAAAGAGCUAAUCGAGAAGAACAAAGAAUUCGACGCAGACGUCUCAUAUCUUUUCAGUAACAUUUUGAACGAUGUCGACUCGAUGAAAAUUAUCGAGAGGUAUUGGAUAGAUGUGGAGCUUGAGAAAGUCAGGCGACUGAGGGAGAACAGUGAUAUUGCCAAGAAGCUGAAAGAGUAUGACAAAGAAGGGUUUUGCAUUGAAAAGGUAGUUUUACAGCCUAUGGAGCGUUUCAGACGGUUUGUACCCACAGUGGACUCUUUUGCACACAACACACCAGACUGUUGUGUCGAACAUGACAACAUCGUUAAAGUGUAUGAAGACUUGGUUUAUUUAAUAGCUUAUUUAGAUGAGAAAAGGCAAGCUCACCAAGGAGAAGAGAAGAUGGAGCACCUCCGCGAUACGGUUACUGGCUUUGAUUUUAUUGGGAUUGUUAUAUUAGACAACGAACUUUGUGUAAAAAUCGGGAAAAAGGCGUAUACCCUCAAAGUGGUUGUAGUUAGUGGAGAUGAGAAUUUGACUAUGGUUGGAAUUACUGAGAAAAAGAAGAAGUCACAGGUCAAGUGGACCUUUUUAAUCAACAAAUCGACUCCCCUCACUGUCAAAGAGAAAAAGGUUUUAAUGAACACCAAAGACUCCAAAAAGGUUCCUGUCGAUGUUCAAAUCACUUUCAGAUCGACAAAGGAGGCUGAAGAUUGGUAUAAGGUCUGCUUAACCAAAAUGCCACAGAAUUAA